UGGAAACUCAAAGUUGGCAAAUGUAAUUAAAAUGCUGCACGCGGGCAGCCCUAUCACAUGUUUACAUGCCGCGCGGCUGUAGGUAUUUAUUUCAAAAAUACGGCCGAGUUACUAUACUGCUUAUUAUAUCUACUGUGUCCAAACGCAGAGGUGUACCGCGAAUAGGUGUUUAAAUAUAGGGGCACUUAUGGGAGGCAAGAUGAAAAGUUGAAAAAAAACCGUUUGCAUUGUGCAAACUGCAUCGUGUGAUACAUCAAUUGAAAGAGCGUGAUAAAAGCAUGUUUAAUGUAUUUUUUUUAAUAUUGAAAUAAAUAGUUUUCAAGUUAUUUACCAAAACAGACAACAACUGAGAAAACCCGUUACUCGAAAAAUAUCAAAUCAAAAAUUUAGAAAAAAAUACAAAGCUUAGUUUUUUACUUGAACAUUUUUGUAAUAAAUUUAUAGGUACUCCCAAAUUUUUGAAUACGAAGGUCACUUUUUUGGGGGCAAGAUGGACAAAUAAAUAAAAUAAUUUUUUGGAGCUCCAACCACGGAGCUCUCAAUUUAUAACUCUUUUUUACAUUUACAUAAUAAUUGUACGCGGUGCAUACAGUACGUAACAGUCAUUUUGGUUCAACUUAUUUGCCGGGACCUUCACAGGUACCUUCCGUGGCAUCGGGCGCGGGCGGCGCGGGGUACCGAAUAGAAUUCCGAUUGUUUGUUUGUUUAUUGUGCGUGUCACAAGCAAAGGUUAUCAAUCGUUAAAUUGAAUAGACAUCAGACAUCAGCUCGCAGCGUCUGCAGCGGCAGCGGCACGUACGCGAGCGAGUACGUGGGCACGCAAAGGAAUCACGUCGCGGCGCACCGCGCAAGGUCGCGCCGGCGGUACGUGCGGCGGCCGGCGAGGGACAAUUAGCGCCCAGUGGCCACUGGGCAGCGGCCGCACUCGCACGCGACAUGGGCGCCGCGUGGGCGCUGUGGGCGGCGUGCGCGCUGUGGGCGAGCGGCGCGCGCGCGCUGCUGCCGCCGGGCGCCGAGCGGCUGCGCGCCGGCGUGGGCGGCUACGCCGUCAUGAACUGCCUGCUGGACUUCCCCUUCGGCAUCGAGAUACCGUACCACCUGCAGUGGGACCACGACGGCGAGGUGAUCUUCUCGUGGUACAGCGGCGACGCCGAGCCGCGCGUGGCCGACCGCUGGGCUGGGCGCGUGCGGCGCGUGGGCGGCGGGGCGGGCGGCGCGGGCGGCGUGCUGGGCGGCGGCGCGCUCAACGUGAGCUCCGUGCGCGAGACAGACGCGGGGCUGUACCGCUGCCGCGUCAGCUUCCCCAACCGCACGCCGCCCGCUCGCAACAACGGCACCUUCUACUACCUCGACGUAGAUGGCGCGGGAGGCAACCUGAUCGCCACGCCGCCCACCAACGUGACGGUGCUGGAGGGCGAGUGGGCCGAGCUGCAGUGCGCGCCCGCCAGCGCCGCCUGGCGCGUGCAGUGGCUGCGCGGCGCCGAGCCCGCGCCCGCGCCCGCCGCCAACGGCAGCCUGCUGCUGCGCGCCGCCGCCGCCGACCGCGCGCGCUACGAGUGCCGCGUGUCGGCGCCCGACGGCCGCGCGCAGAGCGCCGCCGCGCACCUCGACGUGCAGUACGCGGCGCGCGUUACGCACGCGCCCGCCGAGCGCCUGCUGGCGCACGGCCGCCCCGCCAGCCUCGACUGCCACUUCAGCGCCAACCCGCCGCUCACCAACCUGCGCUGGGAGAAGGACGGCUUCCUGUUCGACCCCUACAACGUGCCCGGCGUGUUCUACAGCCGCAACGGCAGCCUGCUGUUCAACCGCGUGGACGAGUCGCACGCCGGCGAGUACUCCUGCACGCCGUACAACGCGCUGGGCUCGGCGGGCGCGUCCCGCGGCGUGCGCGUGCGCGUGCUGCGCCCGCCCGCGCUGGCCGCCGCGCCGCCGCCGCUGCUGCUGGCGCGCGCGGGCGCCGCCGCCGUGCUGCCGUGCGCGCCGCGCGCGCAGGAGCCCGCGCCCGCCGUGCGCUGGAGCCGGCGCGACGGCCGCCCGCUGCCCGCCGGCGCGCGGCUCAGCGGCGGCAACCUCACGUUCGGCGCCGUGGCGGCCGAGGACCGCGGCGUGUACGUCUGCCGCGUCAGCAACGACGCGGCCGAGCUGCGCGCCGAGAGCGAGCUGCUGGUGGAGGCGGCGCCGGCGCGCGCGCCGCACGCGCUGGCGGCCGCGCCCGCGCCCGGCGGCCUGCGCCUGCGCUGGGCGGCCGGCGGCGCGGCGGACGCCGAGCACGCCGUGUGGUACCGCGAGCGCGGCGCGGGCGAGUGGCGCACGCAGCGCGUGCUGACGCGCGGCGCCACGCACGCCACGCUGCUGGGGCUGCGCGCCGGCGUCGAGUACGAGCUGCGCGUGCUGGCGCAGGACCACGUCGGCGACGGGCUGUUCAGCAAGCCGGUGUUCGCGCGCGCCGCCGGGCCCGCGCUCGACGAGGACGCCGCCACCGAAGUCGCGACGGAGGCGGAGGAGGCGGAGGAGGAGGCGGGCGAGGCGACGGACGCGCCCGACGCGCCGGCGACGGACGCCGCGGCGCCGUGGGGCGCGGAGGAGCCGCUGGAGGUGAGCGUGCGGCUGGUGGACGAGGGCGCGCUGGUGCUGUGGCGCGGCGCGGGCGCGGGCGCGGGCUGCGAGCUGCGCUGGUACGAGGACGCGGCGGAGCGGCGGCUGCUGGCGGUGCAGCGCGCGCCGUCGGACUACGCGCUGGUGCGCGCGCUGGAGGAGGGCGGGCGCUACUGGGCGGCGGUGCGCUGCGCGGGCGCGGGCGGCGGCGCGGCGCUGGCGGUGCCGCGGUACGCGCGCCUGCGGACCGUGGCGCUGAGCUCGGCGGGCGCGGCGCUGCUGCUGGCGGCGCUGGCGGGCGCGCUGCUGGCCGCGCGGCGCCGCCUGCGCGCCGGCAAGCGCGCGCGCUGACUGCACGGCCGCGGACACCUUGUCGAUGACGAUUGAGUACGAUACGGACGAGUACGAUACAGCAGGAGAUAUAUAGCAGUUAAACAAAUACAGUAGAGUAGAGAUGAGCGCACACUAUAACAGUAUACGCUCAGACUAAUUGACCAACAAUAUUCAAUAAUGUUUGUAAUACAUAAGGACUAGAAAUUGUCUAUAAUUUUUUGAGUAAAAUGAAUGUAGAUUAGAUCUUCUACUCACUAAACUAGAAGUCGUUGACCGUGUUUACACCAUUCAACUACAACAUAAAGGUAUUUUACGGAGCUCUAUACCCGACGAUCAGAUUACAACUACGAAACAACGAUUCUGUAAAGAGCUUUUAUAACCGCAUUAAAUCGUUGAAUACGAGUAUAGUUUGAUAGAAAAGUAACGUCUAGCGAGACAGGCCAGGAACAAACUACGACGUAGGCCACCCACACAAUAAAUAUACUUAAAAACACAUAUUUUUUACAGUAAGUAUGCCUACUAUAUUAGACAAUGAUUUACACUUUUGCAUACGUUACGUACACAAGGCUACAAGGCUACAAGGCUACAAGGCUACAAAAUCACCGCAAAAAGUGUUCCGAACUCGGCGACUCCACUGGCUUCACCGCACACAUGCUCAAUUAUGUUUUUACACUUCGAACACACAACUCGGUGUUGUAGACAAUAUUAUUUAUAUUAUUGUGCUGACGUAUCUUUGGCCUGUCUACGACUAAAUGAAAUGACGACAAUUGGCUGACUUUGUUCGCGUUACACCACCGAUCGUUUCGCCGCGCUAGCGCCGCGUCUGCUCCACAAUCAAUGAAUUGGAACAAGAACGUCAGCGUGGUCGUACAUCUCCGGUCGCCGACAAGAGACCUUCUCGUUUUGAUAUAAACCCAUUUAGUUAGAUAAACUUUACUUAUUAUUUAUUGAGCCAACAGCAACAAAAACAUAUUAACAAUUAACUUAAAAUAUAAAUUAAAACUAAUAAUUAACAUUAAGUAUAUUAAUUUUAAAUUUAAAAUAACUAAAACAUUUAUAAGAAAUACACGCCAUAUGUUUGUUCACCCAGAGUAAUGUUACACAACAUUACUCUGGGUGCAGGGUGCACAUACAAUACGUAGGCAAUUUGUAGAUGACCUAGGUUAUGUAUGCAUAUAAUGAACAAUCAUAUUAAUUUAUAUGUUUCCAGAACGCCCCAGGUAAAUCAUACAUUGUCUAGGCAAUGUAUAGACUACCUAAGUUAUACACAUACACAUAUGCCGGUAGUAUUUAAAUAUAUCAUUUUGUUUUGUUUCGUAUUUAUCAAACGUCGCGUCGCUAGCUAACGUACGACAGGUUUAAUGCGUUUCUCACCUACAAAAUAUAGCUUUAUUUUAAUAAAUGUGGACGGAAUGAAAGCUAAUUAGUUAAUUAGUGAACAAAAUCAAUUUAGAACCCUCCACACGACGACGCUAGGCCCUGUCAGUUCCUGCGUCCGCGUGUCUUUCGUUUUUGUACGAUGCAACCUUUAUGACAUUUCAAAACAACGUGCCCAAUACAAUAAUACAAUAAAUAUAUCAGCGGUAACGUCGGCGCGGCGGCUCGACGUUAGCGUACUUAUGUACGAGCUGCGAGUAGCGACGACCGCAGCGUUUCCGUGACGUCAUGAAGCUUGCAUCGCGCUGUACCUAAUCAUUUCUAAUUAAAAAUUGUACAUACGUACCUGCUAUAUAUUUUUUUUUCUCUCUGUUAAUAGUUAUGAUAAGUCAAAUUGUUUGCGUGAAUGAAGUAUUUAGAUUUUGUUUAUUUUUAAAAUAAAAGGUUUUUUUAUAAA